UCGAAGCAGGUUUCAUAAUAUAACCAACAUGGCCGGCAGUAAGUUGGUGUUAGAAGGAAGAAUAAGUGUAAAAUGCUUCCUUUUAGGACUUAGUGUCGUCGUAAUCGCAUUAAUCAGGUCUUGGUUUGGACAUGUUGACUGGGUUUUUGAUUAUCUGACGGAAACCCCAGGGAAAAUUGCGAUUUGUGUGCACAUUGCGGCGGUGAACGGCCUCUUGCUGGUUUUUUACUCCGGAUCUGUAUACAAGGUUGCUGUGAGAGCCUGUUUUCUGGGGGUUACUUUUGGCUGUGGCUUAAUUAUAAGCAGCUCUCAAUCUGCUUGGACACAUUUUGGCUGGUACAUGUGCUCCUUGUCUUUCUUCCACUACUCUGAGUACCUGGUGACAGCGGUCAUUAACCCUCGCAGCCUGUCUCUGGACUCCUUCCUGCUCAACCACAGCCUGGAAUACACUCUGGCUGCCAUCUCCUCCUGGCUGGAGUUCACCAUCGAGAAACUGAUGUUUCCAGAGCUGAAACAGCUCAACUGGAUCAGUUUUGUGGGUCUGCUGAUGGUGCUGUGCGGUGAGGGUCUACGAAAGGCUGCCAUGUUGACCGCUGGCUCCAACUUCAAUCACAUUGUCCAGAAUGAGAAGGCGCGGAGCCAUGUGCUGGUCACGAGUGGAGUCUACGCUUACUUCAGACACCCCUCAUACGUGGGCUGGUUCUACUGGAGCAUAGGAACACAGGUGAUGCUCUUUAACCCGGUGUGUAUAGUAGGCUACACAAUAGCCAGCUGGCGCUUCUUCCGGGAGCGGAUUGAGGAGGAGGAGCUAUCUCUCAUCCAUUUCUUUGCGGAUGACUACGUGGAAUACAAAAAGAAGGUUCCUGCUGGGCUGCCCUUUAUUUCAGGUAUCCGUGUCAACUAAGCUCACCAGCCAAAUACAGCUUGUGACAGACUUAGAGCCCAGAGGUAGUCAGACUGCGUUAGCCCUGUGAAGGGAAACCCUGCAGCGGCCUGAAUACUGCGGCUCAUUGCCAGAGACCACGUGAACUGGGACAGCGACAGGCAGCUGUGCUGCUCUUCUGGAUUUGUCCAGUUACAAAGACAAGACAACCUCUCCUGUCUCACCUUAUUCCAGUAAAAGUGAUUGCAAAUGUCCUGGUUUGAUUUGUCUGCAUGCUUCAGGUGUUUCCACUUAUCACUUAUCAAAAUUGGCAUAAAUUAUUAUUAAUCACUAUUUUUGCUCCACUUAGCUGGCAGUACAUCAAUUCAGUCACAGUGGAUAUAAAACACCCACUGUGAUUGAAAAUGAAAACCAGUCAGUCACUUUUCCUGUCUCUUCUAGUGAAUGAGACCAAGGGGUGAUGGGGUCCCAGCUGUGCUUGACAGCAUUGUAAAUGGUGCCACUAGAACAGCCUCUGUUGGAUAAACUGUAAUCACACAAUUUCAGACUGCUUUUUCUUCAUUAUUUAUUUAUAUAAAAUAAAAGUUUUCAUUUCUGCAAGAGUAACUCAGAUACUGAUAUGUUCAUGAAAGGCUCAUAUCGGCCAGUAUAUCAGCCGCACUGUAGCAAUCAUCAAAAGGAAAUAUUAAUGGCAAUGUUUCCGAUGUUUCAUUGUCAUUGCUGAAAUGGUGAUCAGUGGUAACGCUGAAACACUGACUUGGCAGUGAGAUGGGGUUUAUUGUAGUGCUGUGAGUCUUUUGUCUGGAUGUUUGCCCCAAAGUCUUUUGCAGACAGAAUUGCUGAUGGGUUCUUUGGACUAAAACAGAACCACUCUCAUCAAAGGGUGUUGAAACGCAGAGCGAGGUUCACCUGUUGUUCAGAAAAACUGCCCUUGUUAUUUCAACCUAACUAAAGUUAUUUCAACUUAAGUAGAGGUGUGUUGUGGCAUUAACUCAGUUGAAACUUGAAAUAACUUAAACUCUGUACAAAUUGUUACAUCAGUUGUUCUCACUGAGACAACAGUUCCUUUUUUAGAGUGUGCAGCUCACAAACACGAGGUAAUCCACUGGUUCACAGACUCUGGUCUUUGUGUAUCCGUGUUUGGAAUGGUUUGCCGUUUUCCUGCUUUUCUCACUGCUGUCCCCGGUGUCCACUCCUGAAAUACACCUGGUGAUUAGUAUGUAAGUGCAGCACGGAAAACUGGAAACCAUUGGAGGAAGCAUCCAAAAUAUGAAGAACCACUGAUUGAAUCUGCAGACGUCUCCUCCAAAACUUGCACAUGUUGGGAAUAUCCAGUGCAAAUUAAUGCAUAUUUUUCAAUAUAAAAUU